ACAGGUUCCCUCCCGCCUUUCCCUUUGAAAACCAGGAUUUUGGCUUUUCCGUGGCUCCCGAGAGAGAAUGCUGGACUCUGCCGACUUCAGCGCAAGCUAAGAUUUCUCAGUUAGGGAAGAAAGAUCAGCCCAGUCCUGCCUGAGAGGGGGGGAAGCAAGCGCCCCUGCCCCCAUUCCCCCUCCCCUCCCCCACCGUAUUCGGGCGCCAAACCCAGCCCUUCCCUAAUCACCCGACUUCCUCCUCUCCUUUCUAGCAUGGUGGCUGUAUGGACAGUCUGACAGAACAGAGACUGACAUCUCCCAAUCUGCCGGCCCCCCACCUGGAACACUACAGUGUUCUGCAUUGCACCAUGACCCUGGAUGUGCAAACUGUAGUUGUUUUUGCCGUGAUUGUAGUCCUCCUGCUUGUCAAUGUCAUACUCAUGUUUUUCCUGGGAACCCGCUGAAUGGAGUCCAGC